GAUAGAUUACAUAAAUUACAAUCCUUUAUUUCCAUGACACAUAAGUGAUCACUCUACCUGACUUACAGGACAUGUGACACAGCUGUGAGAAACUAGAAUCCUCAAAAGCAGAGUGGAUAGCAUCUUGUAGGGGCAGUAUACUAAAGCAGGGGAGAAGGAAAUCCAUGGCCCUGAAUGUCUGCCUCAUCUCUUAUUUUUUUAGUGUCCACAUUGCACUGGAAACACUAACAAAUUAACAGGCAUGUGCAGCUCCUGAGCCACAGGUGCCCUACAAGUCUCAUCCUCAGGCAUGGAGGGGUGUGGGGUGAAAAGGGUGAUUCACAGUAUCAUUGGCCAUGGGGAAAGGGUAGCAUAGGGUAGAUGAUAUGCACUGUCUUCUUCCAGAGAGGUGAGGUGAGCUACACACACUCCAGACAUGGGGAAGUGAUGGGAUCAGGUAGGUGAUCCUGUCAUCCAGCAUAGGGGUGAAGUGGGUGAUUCACAGUAUUCCCUGGCAUGGGGUUAGUGGAUAAUACCAUAUUUUCCAGCAGGGGGCAGGUGAGACAUAGGAUCCUGGAGCUCCUGUAGUCAGGACCUGAUAAGAGUUUUGCACGUGCACCUCCUAAGAGCCAAGCCCCAGUGUCUCAGUCACUCUACCCAGUGAGAAGUAAUUCUUGACAGGAUCUGAGUAGGCAGGAUAUUCUUAGACCACAAGGUUCUGCCUAGCAUUUCUGCAGUUAGAGCAGAAAACAAUCCAGGAGAAGGCAGGCAGCUGCAGCUCUGAGAGAAAUCCACAGCAAAGGAGAGAGCAACGGACAGGAAAGAAAGAAAGAACCAAAGAAAAAGCACCUAGAAGGUUCAACAUAUGCUCCCUCAUGGGCUAGCUGCUGCUAGUAUGGAAAAGGCGUGAGACCAUGGCCAUCACCAACACCCUUCCCUUCGCGGUGUAUAGCAGCAUCAACUCCUAAGUGCCCAUGAAGUUCAAGCAUGAUCUGUGCCAUCCAGAGACAAACCAAACAACAUUGGCUGAUGGUGACAUCAACGUUUUCCCUUUGCAUUUCCUAAUUAGGCUGAUUGACUUUGUAAGAGCAACGUGGUCGUUAAGUGGGGAGGACAUCUCCAGCAUACCAAGAGAAGGUGUCCAGAGCUCAGCCUGCCCGAUUUCCAGGACUGACAGAGAUGGCCCACAGAAACAAGGGCGCAAUUUCCAAGUCCAGCCACUCCAAGAAGAAGCCUGCAGAAGAACCAGUAAUUACAAGCCCCAGCAUGGACUCCCUGGGUUUCCAAGCUAUGGAUAGCAAUGUCCCUGGUCUGUCGCAGGUCAUCCUGAAGAAGCUCAACAUGAAGAGCUAUGAUGAAUACAAGUCUGCCAUGGAUGGGAAGAAGCUGGGGAUGGAUUUUGGGAUCCGGACUUAUUUCGACAUGUUUCAAAAAAUGGAGGACACCUUCAAAUUCUGUGCUGAGUGCAAGAAACUCCCCGAUGCCCUCCCAGACCCCAGAAGCCUCCGACGAUGCAAAAGGUGCCAGAACGUGUAUUACUGCAACUCAGAGUGCCAACGGGCCAACUGGCCUGUGCACAAGAAAUUGUGUAAGAAGCUGAGGUUGGUAGCUCUUGACCGGCUGGUAGAAUGGCUCGUCUUCACAGGUGACAUCCCAUUCCCCACGGCAACCUGGACAAAGCGCAUACAGGAGGUGAAAAGCUGGGAAGACUGGUUCUCGAUGCAGGAGCACCUGGAAGAAAAGCUGAGCGCUAUACUGACCGGGCGUUAUAUGAACAUCCUCUGGGCCAACGUGGGGAAGCCAAAGCCAGAGGAGGGAGAGCUGCUGGAGUCUGUCAAACGGCUGACCACAGACUUCCAGUCCAGGCCGAUUACCAUCGGCUUGGGGCUGCACGCUUUCGACAUUGAUCUCUAUACCAAGCCUGUCACAGUGCAUGUCAUAGGGGCUUCCCAUAUCGAGACGCUCAACACCCGGGUGACGGAUUAUGAUGAGCUGACGCGGGUGUUUCCUGGGCACCAGGGCAUGGAGGUAGUAAUGGUGGGAGUCAAUGUGGUAGAUGGACCCAUCAUGAGGCCUCCGCUGACAGCGUUCGGACCCAGGGGAAGAGUCUAUCUCAGCAGCUACAAGGCCCUUUAUCCUGACUUCUGGGAAUCCCAGGUGGAGACUCAUCAGGCUGCCCGCCCAGACCUUGUGGUGGGCUUUCAUCCAGGAUUCCAUGCCUGCCUGGAUGUGAUGGAAGGCUGGCUCCCCACACUGCUGCUGCUGCGGGACUACAAGAUCCCCACCCUCUUCACCGUCUACAACGAGCAGGAGCUGAAGUACUCCCUGAAAAUCCUGACAGAGCUGGAGACCCAGAUCACAGGCUACGGAGCCAAUCCCUUCGCUUCUCUCAAGCCGGAGCAGGCCUAUUCCAACCCCAACAAGUCACCCGUCUACUGCAGCGCCUACUACAUCAUGUGCCACGGGCUGGCUGGCACCCCGCAUGAGCCAGACAUGGGUGGGUUAGAGAGGGCUGAGGACAGAGGGGAGUAGAGAGGAGACACCUUUGCAGUACGUGCUGUCAGCUACUGCUACCUCCCCAGCCAGUGUGCAGGGCUCCUCCUGAGUCCCUUUUUUACCACGCUCCAGCCAGCACUGGACAGGGAAGCUCCAUGCUCAAGCCCAGGCAGGAGAGCUGCUUGCUUGGGCUGUGCAGUGCAGGGGACCUGGGAGGUGGGCGGGCCUUUUCCAGGGGGCUAUAAAUCAUACUUCAGAUAGUGCCCUCUGCUGGACAGAGCUGUGUGUUACAGUGAUGCAUCAGUGACAUGGAAGAGGAUCCUUCCAGGUAAUAAUAAAUAUCACCAGGACCUUGCUCUCCUAUAGUGCUAGCUAGUAGCAGAUCUCAGAGGCCGGGAUCAUGAAGCAUGUAGUUACUGGGGCAGCAUCCAGGCUGGCUGCUCCUGCCAGUGCCAGCGUUUGGGGAUCCAAACGCCAGUGCCUGGUGUCAGCUCCCCAGCUGCUACCUUAGCCCACGGGUGAGAACGCCCAUCUCAGCUCAGCGGGGGGCUCUGGGGAAAGGCUCCCAACCUGCCCCAGCACCUGGCGUGCAAACAAGCACUUGCUCCCACUCAGCCAAGAGCCACCGUCUUUGGGGCUCGGGCCCAAGUUACAGCCCCAUGUUUAUUCUACUCAUUCGUUUCCAGGGGCUACAGCAGCUCCACUUGGUGCACGGGGAAGGUGUUGUCCCCUUAGGCCAGAGGGACAUCUGGAUCGUGGAAGGGGCAGGCAGUUAUCUCCCUGGAGCUCUGGAA